CUCAUGUGUCAGUGCAUGGCUGAGCCUGAAGGCAGCUGCUCUCUGGUGAGUCUUCUUCUUCUUUUCCGCUUUUAUCAACAAUGUGUUGUUGAUGUGUGGGACUUGUAGCUAAGAUGCAAACAUUGUGACGACAUUCUGCCUCGAGUGGCAAGUUUGUGCUGUUGGUCAAACUCUAGGAGAAGUAAAGCACAUGACCGUGUUCAUUCAUUUAUAAUGUAAGUCUGCUUUUGCAAUGAUAUGAAAUGUUCAAUAGAGGCGAAAUGGAGGAGGAAAUCAGGUGUACUGUGUUGCAAAAAAAAAAGGUCGCAGUUAUGUACUUGUCCGCCAGGGGGUGUUAAUUAUAUGUUGUAUUUAAAAAGAAGAGUCACCAUCUAACAUUGACAACAUUGCUGUCACAGCAGGUGGGAAAAGGCUGCUUUAGUUAAAAUGACGCUGCCUCUUCGCCGUGUAGGAAUGACCUCUGCCGGGAACCUCUCUGAAGAGCAGGUCCACUGCUCCAUCUGCCUGGACGUCUUCACAAACCCUGUGUCCAUCCCAUGCGGACACAACUUCUGCCAGAGCUGCAUCCUGGGAUACUGGAAGAGCAGCCCACUGUACCAGUGUCCCAUGUGCAAGAAGUCCUUCUACAAGAGGCCCGACAUCAGCAUCAACACCGUUCUCAGGGAGAUUGCCGAGCAGUUCAAGGAGCUCCGGGUGAGGAGUGCGGAGGGCAAGCCCGAUAAAAAGUGGAUGAUGGAAAAGCAGAGAGAGAAGGAUGAAGAGAGGCUUUUGGAGGAUGAUUCUAAAGAGGACACCAGUAAAAGUAAGACAAAGGAGACAACUGAAGUGGUUAAAUCCUUUCAUGAGGAGCCCCCUAAGGCUUCAACUCCCACCUGGGAGGAGGUCCUCUGUGACGUUUGCCUGGGAGAGGGCCGUUCCAAAGCCAUAAAAUCCUGCCUGGUGUGUCUGACGUCCUACUGCGACGAGCACCUCAAGUCGCAUGCUAGCAGAUUCACCAAGCACAAGCUGAUGCAGCCUGUGGCCAACAUGGAGGACCGCAUGUGUCCCAAGCACGAGCGCCUCCUGGAGCUCUUCUGCAAGAAGGAUCAGACAUGCGUGUGCGUCCUGUGCACAGAGACCGACCACCGAGCGCACUAUACCGUCCCCGUGGAGCGGGAAUGGAUGGAGAAAAGGGCCCAGCUGAAGAAGAGCCAAGUGGAGGUGCAGCAGAUGAUCCAGGACAGAGUAAAGAAGGUAGAGGAGAUCAAACACUCUGUGGAGCUCAACAAAGCAAGCAGUCAGAGAGAGAUUGACGACAGCAUGCAGGUUUUCUCCGAGUUGAUCCGCUCCAUCCAGAGAACUCAGGCCGACCUAGUCUUAGCCAUUGAAGAGAAGCAGAGGCACACUGAAAGCCGGGCCAGGAACCUGGUCACAGAACUGGAGCAGGAGAUCGAGGAGCUUAGGCGGCGGAACAGUGACCUGGAGAACAUGGAUAGAACGGACCACAUUCACUUCUUGAAGAACUUUCCAGCUCUGAGCACUGCGCCUUCCGUCCGGGACUGGUCUGACACAAGCGUUCCCACUGACAUUUGUGUUGGCUUGAUCAGGACAGCCGUGUGCAAACUAGAGGCCACUUUAAAGGAGAUGGUGGACAAACUGGCAGACAGAGAGAUCCAGAAGGUUCUGAAGUACUCAGCGGACGUCACUUUGGACCCAGACACCGCCAACCCGUGGCUGCAGCUCUCACAGGACAGACGCCAGGUGCGCCACCUGGGGGCAUGGCAGGAUCUCCCAGACCACCCCAACCGCUUUGACACUGUGGUCAUCGUCCUGGGAAGAGAGGGCUUCACCUCGGGCAGACACUACUGGGAGGUCCAGGUGGGCGACAAGGAUGACUGGUACCUCGGCGUGGCCAAGUCGUCCGUCAACCGGAAGGGCAGGAUCUCCGUAAGCACCGCCCAUGGCUAUUGGGCCCUGGCUAUGAAGAAGGGCCAUGGGUACCGCGUGUCCACCACCCCACCAUUGCAGCUCGUACUCAGCACCAAACCCAAGAUGGUGGGCGUGUAUGUGGACUACGAAGAGGGACAAAUAUCCUUCUACGAUGUCAGGGCUCGGACGCACAUUCAUACACUGAGCGACACGUUGAGUGAGAAGAUUCUGCCUUUUUUCUACUUGUAUUGCUGCGACAAAGCCUCUGAUACCGUCGUCAUUUGUCCCAUUGCUGACAAAAGCCUGAUCAAACCGAGUUAAUCAACAAAUGUAAUCGACGACGUAUUGUUAGAUCCUUGUACCACAUCACCUUACAUCAGUGGUUCUCACUUAUUUUCUGUCAUGCCCCACUGCCACGUUGUGCUACCGAUAACUCAUGAAAAGACGUCUUUCUGUUGCUAAAAGUCACACUAAACACGUUUUAGAGAUCUUCCACUUCCCACUACCCCCCCAUUUUGAAAUCCCAUUAAGAAACUUAUAAUAUCUAUUUAUUUAUCUGUACUGAACUCAAAACUGAAAUCAAACUGAAAAUGGAGAGCAGUGAAGCAUAAAAGUGUAUUAAAGAGUCACUAAUUGUUUUCCUUUACUGUGAUAACUGGAAGAUAGCUUCACAUUAAAGGGUGUCACCCAGCACCAAGUGUCGUACAGUCUUCAUGACAGCUGUUUUUUAAAGGUAUCAGAUGGAUUUCAUAUUCUUCUGCUGUUUGCAGCGGUUUAGAGGGUACUCGCAUUCUAACGAGCCGCAUGCAUUACAUCCCGGCCUCUUGUCGAAACAAGAGCAGGGUUUGGUAAAGCGUAUGAUUUAACCCACCUGUUCAACAGAAACGUAGCAACCAUCAUCCAUUUUUAAAUCCGUAUAUCUGUUUAUACAGUAUAUAUAUAUUUUAAAUCCUUUUAAAUACGUUCUCGAAGAUCUCUUUUGUGACGUGCACACGCAAGAGAAGAGGUGCACUGCUGUUUGCAUUUAUUGGUGUGGUUUAAAAUGUGUCGCAGCUUUGACAUACCGUAGAC